AAAUUUUCUCAGCCAUAUUUUCAUAAAUUACAGGGGCGGAUUCACAACAGGUCUGCGACGGACCCCGGCGGCUGUCUGCAAAUAAGGUCCCGUUUUCUGGCCUUCCCUACCCUCCACCUUCCGUGCGAUAUUAUCGCAAAUCUAAACCAGAGAUUGAGUUGCGGAGAAAGUUUAGCUCAGCGAUGGAAGCUGGUGUUGGUCUCAGUUCUCAUUCCCACCUAUUCACUGUCGCACGCUUAAACCCUCAAGGCAUCCAAGUGAACCGGACCUUGUAUAACCUCCACUUAUGCCGUUCAUCAUUGACCAGGGCGCGUGUAUAUCUUAAAACAACUUCAGAAUGCAGACGGCCUUUUUCAAUAUCAAAGGUGCCGUUUUCAUCGAAUUGGAAUAAAGGGCCAACCAUUCUUUCCCGUGGCCAAUUUGGAAAUGACUGUGUGAAUUUCAAGGUAGCAUGUGCAGAGGCUAUAGAUUCUGAACCUUCUGUGCCAAUGCCAGAUGGAUAUAACAUGGCUCAUACCUCAAAUGAUUUGAAAGAUUAUAAAUUGCUGCAUCAGCAGAGACCCAAGGCAUUUACAAACCGAUUUUUGAACAUUGUGAGAAUGGGUUCAGUGUUCGACAAUGCUGUUGAAUCUUUUUUCAAGAGCGAGAUACGGAAGAGGCUUUUUGUGACUGCUGUCUUGCUCAUAAUUAGUCGUGUGGGGUACUUCAUUCCCCUUCCUGGAUUUGACAGGAGACUGAUUCCCAAGGAAUAUCUUGGGUUUGCAUCGGGAUCUAUUGAUGAAUUUGGCGAUUACUCACAAGAAGUUAAGCUUUCUCUUUUCCAACUUGGAAUAAGCCCUCAGAUCGGAGCAUCUAUUCUAAUGCAGAUACUUUGUCAUAUAAUUCCUUCCUUGGUCAAAAUGCGGAAAGAAGGCUUGGGUGGUCAUGAGAAGAUCAAGAGCUAUAUGUGUGUUUAGUUAUCCAUUCCAGCAAUGGUGGAUCUCAUUUGGUUUGUCCAUAUUCGAGGCUUUGGUUCUUUCAUUGUAUUCUCUUCCGUAUUCUGUGUAUGCUGCUAGUCAUAGGACAAAGCAUGUGAUGGUGACAACUUUACUAUUGGUGUGUGGUGCACUGACUAUGACAUGGAUUUCUGACAAAAUAUCAGAGUAUGGGUUUGGUCAAGGAUCAUCUUUAAUCAUAUGUGUGGGAAUUCUCACUGGCUACACAGAUACGCUGUACAAGAUGUUGAAUCAACUCUCAGGAAAUGUUGUUAGCCGUUGGCCUUUUAUACUUGCAGUAAUGGGAGCUUUCACAGUGGUCACAAUGUGGGCUGUUGUUGUGACUGAAGGUUGCAGGAAAGUAAAGCUGCAGUAUUACAGCUCCAAAGUUGCAUCAGCUGCUAGAGAAAAUCCUACAGAUACUGAGAUUGAGCCUUACAUACCAUUCAAUAUAAAUCCAGCAGGGAUGCAACCUAUUCUCGCUACUGCUUAUCUAUUUGCCUUCCCCUCAAUCCUUGCAAGAAUCCUUGGUUCACGGUUUUGGGAACAUGUGAGUGAUGUUCUAAAUCCUGAAACCUCUCUUGGAGCAGGGCCAUGGGUUUACUAUACACUAUAUGCAUUCUUUGUGUUUCUGCUCAAUAUAUUUGACAUUGCCAACACGCCAAAGGAAAUUGCUGAUUACUUGAACAAGAUUAGUGCCAGAGUUCCAAAUAUAAAGCCUGGGAGAGCCACAGUUGAAUACUUGACAAAAGUCCAGGCGUCUACACGCUUCUGGGGUGGUGUCAUGCUAAGUAUAUUGGCUACUACAUCUACCAUUCUUGACCAUUAUCUACGGAAAAUAAAUAGUGGGUUUUCAAUAGGAUUUACAUCGGUUCUAAUAAUUGUUGGAUCAAUCAUCGAACUCAGAAGAUCUUAUCAAGCGUAUAAUGUAAUGCCCAGUCUAAGUAAGGUUCUAAAGCGGUAUGGAGUAUAAGAUUCAGGUAGACAAUACUAUGGAGAUACCUUACACAAGAAACUUGUUGUCAGGUAUAUUACAUCUUUGAUUCAUGCAGUUUCUUAGACUCAGGCAGAAAAAUGAUUUCUGAAGAUUGAGGCAACUAGUCGAAGGAAAAGCUGAAAAUAGAGAGAAAUGUAACAUAAGGCAACCUGAUCUGAUGUAAUUGUUAUGGUAUUUGGAGGCCUUCGGUUAAGAUCCUUGCUUGUAGGCUGUGGCAUUGUUCAGCAUUGGUAAUGUAUUGCUGUGUUAUUUUUUAAUUGAAACAUUUAUUCUUAACCAAAGAUGUGGUAUUGUUAGUUAGAUGCCUCCUGUUUGUUGCAACGAAUUGUUAGGCAAAUGGCCAGCCGCCCAGCCCGUGGCAGAUAUGUGUUUACCGCCGCUGCUGGACAGUCUUGCCUGCUUAAUGACGGGUUGGUAGUUUGGUGUUGUUUAAAGCCCUAUGCUUGUGGGCUAGUUCCCGAGCCAAGCAGUAGCAUGCUCUAAGAGGUGAUUGAGUAGGUACAAAUGUACAAUCACCUCGCAGAUAUGAACUUCUCAAAAUUGAGAGAUGGUUGCAUUUUUUGUUAACUUUUGCACCGUGUUAGUCACUUAGUUGUAGAGCAUAGUAACGUUAUCCAUAAAUUUACUCUGUGAAUGGGUUGUGAAAUUGAGACAUAUUCAUGAUCUAUUUAGUUGUGGAUUAUGCGUGGAAAAUUUGUCAUA